GUGAUUGGUUUAAUGGCUCAAUGACUGGCCAAUACUGGCUGCGCAUGCUUGAAUGUGGGCUAAUUGCUUCAGGAAACUAAAGUUCUGUAAAACAUGGCGGCUUCUUAUGUUGACUCAAGGGCAGCUCCACUGCAGUCUCGGGUUUCCCAGUGUCACCAGUAACACUUUGACCACUUGAUAUUUUUAAAUAAAGCGACGGCCUGCGUUAUGUUGUCGAAUGGCAGAAGAGCUUUUCAGAGAAUCCGUAACCACUUCCAGCGCUGCUGUAUACAGAGGACGGCGGCAGAUGGACGGCAGUGGCGGUUCUUCAGACUCAUGCCAUCAUCCGGACCCCCGUGGAGGCUCUUGUUCUUUGGCACUGAUCAGUUCGCCGUGGAAUCUCUAAAACUCCUGGCAUCCAGUCGGAGCUCCAGCGAAGGGGUUGUGGAGUCCAUAGAAGUCGUUACUUUGCCCGGUGACGUCCCGGUGAAGAGCUUUGCUCAGCAGAACCACCUUCAGGUCCACAGCUGGCCCCAUGACAGCGUGGACGGACAGUUUGAUGUUGGCGUGGUGGUGUCUUUCGGCUGCUUGCUCCCUGAGAGGCUAAUCAGCAAGUUUCCGUACGGGGUUUUAAACGUUCACCCCAGCCUGCUGCCGAGAUGGCGAGGUCCCGCACCCGUAUUCCACACCGUUUUGCAGGGCGACACUGUGACAGGAGUCACCAUCAUCCAGAUCCGCCCUUACAGGUUUGAUGUGGGCCCCAUUCUCAACCAGGAGCUCCACCAGGUCCCUGACAACUGUACUGCUGAUGAGCUUGGAGCUGCUCUCGCCACUAAGGGAGCACAUCUGCUGCUUGGUACACUGAAGUCACUGCCUGAGAGACUGGCACAUAAACGAGAACAAGAACAGGCAGGGGCAACAUCUGCCCCCAAAAUCAAAACGUCCAUGAGCUGGGUGCAGUGGGAGGAACAGACCUGUGACCAAAUCGGUCAUCUGUAUCGUGCCAUUGGGUCCCGGAUACCUUUGAGGACCACGUGGAUGGGUAGGUCAAUAAAACUUCUGGACUUUGCAGGAAGAUGUCACAUUUCAUUAUCAGAUCCCAGGAGGAAACCUGUCCCAGGAUCCCUGGCCUAUCAGAAGGAGUCCAAUACUUUGGCCGUAUGCUGCAAAGACGGCUGGGUGGGAUUCAAGUCGCUGAUCCUGAAAAAUAGACUGACGCCAGCUGACUUCUAUAACGGCUACCUGCACAAGAGGCCCUGUCAGACGGCGGAGUGGCUGUUUGUCAGCAGAACCCGUGGCUCCUCAAAUGCAACCAGAGUCAGUGGUGUGGUACAACAAUCUUCUUUGAUGUGAACACUGCACACAUGACAUUGCUGUGGUUAAUGUGAUACUCCUGCUUGUUCUGAGACUUUUGUAUGUGCACAACAGCCACUGUAUUACUGCAUAUUAACAAUAAAUGAAACUGCUGUUGACUGAUGGACACAGAACAGAAGAAAAACUUGAUCUGAAAACAACCAGAGAACAAAGAAGGGUCUAACUUCCUACUGUGAACCGUUAAGUCAACCACAGUUUUAGGGACGUCUCUCAAAGACGACAUUUCUUGGGUGAUAAUAUUUGUAUACCUGAUGUAGUGAAGGUGUUGUCACAUGUUGCACUGAUGUUAAAGCCACUUGGGUUGCAAACAGCUGCAUCCCACUGCAUUUCUUUCUCAAGCCUUUUCACUGUAGCAGAGAGCUAGCACACUUGCUCAAACCUGAGUAGUUAAAUGUUUUUAUAUUCACACAAACAAAUGCAGCACUGACAUUUCAAGCAGCUCCUUAUUUGUGUUGGAAGCCACGUCGAUGCCCAAACUGCUAAAAGGUGUCAUUUGGAAACCAGUGGCUUCAUAAAGUGGGCACAGACUUUAGUGGAGACCUUUAAUCUGAAAAGGAAGUAGCAGCUGUCAGAUGAAUGUGGUAGGUAAAGAACAAAGUGAGCAAAUAGCCUAGGUCAGACCCACGACCUGCCGUCUUCCAGUUUGACCUCCACAGGAAGUGUUUGAAUCCUCUAUGCUCACACACCGGGUGAGUACAGUUGUGCCCCCUGUGGUUGGUCAGCGUCUUCAGGGAGCAGCAUGGCUCAGAAGUCGGGUCAGUUAAAACCUCAUUUUAUUCAGUGUUUCAGAACAGCUUCAUCCACUGCACACAAACACAGAUAAUACAUCAGCUUAUUGUCAUGUAUCAAGAAGGAAGCACAUCGACACCAAUCUGAUGCGAGAAAUAGUGGAUCACAGCUUUAACAGCGACAUCCUGCGUUUGGGCACAAGCAGGAGCUCGCAGUAAAACGUCUGCUAGCAAAAAAAAUAUACCUGGCUCGAACAAUUCCGACACGACACAAUAA